UAGUCUUCGCGGUUCAGUCUCUUGCCGAGUGUCUCCCGCGGAUAGUCUGUCCCCGUAAAUUAUCCGCCGGCGGCUCGAUAAAUCUCUCGAGCGAUGUCCGUUUUAUCCGCGGCGCUCCUGGAGCGUUGAUCGCGAGAGGGCCGAUCGAUCGACGAGCGAUUAAAAGCAGCGUACCGAUCUCGCUUCGGACGCGGCGUCGCCGCGACAGACCGAGAAACUCGAUAGGAGAGUAAAGUGAGACGUCUCGGCAGCCUUCGUGGAACUCGGCAGUGCUAAUCGCGCGGCUAACUCGUGACCCAUCUGCGCGAGGAGGAGCAUCGCGAUCGGAUUAACUGGAAGAUUGAUCGCGACCGAUCGACCGGUUAUUAAGGGAACCGCGGCUACCGGAUCGGUGAUUUCCCAAGAGAUCGAGCGAAGGGGAGACAAGAAACCAGUGAAAACGGAGUCUGAGAAACGGCCGAUCGAUCGAGCGAGCGAGCGAGCGAGCUAGCGAGUAAACCAGCUAGCGUGCGCAGCGCCGGUGCACGCGCGUGCAGCGGCAUAAUUGAAUCGCCGCGUAAUCAACCGGCAUUGCAUAAUAUUCGCCGGCGAGGAAACCGAAUGAAAAAUAGCGACGCCGAGCCAGCCGGGUUGUUAAACCUCUGUUCCAUGUUCCCGCAGAUUGGAUGCGCCGCGGAUUUUCGUUCUCGUUCCAUUGUUGUCGCGAUUGCGCAACCGUCGCGCCAAGCCGCCAAGAAAUCCGCGCGACGCGACCGCGAGGAUUUCAAUUAGCUCGCUGGCGGUUAGCAUAAUUGGCCGGCCGCUCUCGGCACCGCCAGCCCGGAAAUUAUUGGGGACCUCUCUUCAACUGGACGGCAGCGAGUCGGCAUUAUCGCGACCAGCGAAACCAGUCGCGAUCCACCUUGUCGCGUGUCGAUUCUGCUGUCGCGCCGCACGACGCCCAUUUCCCUGGCCGAGUUCCAUGCCGCCCGUUUUGUGCGUUCCGUUCACGGUCAAGUGCUCUUUGUUCCGAAGUCGACAGGAAGCGACCAACGAUUUCCGCCGGUGGGAACCGACCGGCUUGAAUAUGCGCGUCUAGGACGCCGUGCGACGAUGUCACCGCGUGGCAGGUGCUCAGGUACCUCAGGCGAUCCCCUUUUGUCCCGACGGUUUCGGACAGUACGGUGUCGGUCGUGAACAAUGUCGUGCGUGGAGCACAGACUGGCGCCGUGCUUUGGAACCCAGGUCUGAGAAGACGUCGAAGCAACUCCGAACCUAAUCUCCUAGUCGCCGAGCAGCUUAGACAGAUCGCUUAGACACGAUCGCAAGACAAGUGUUCAGGUACCGCCGACUAUCUCCAUUGGAUCUGACAGUUUGUAAUCGGCGAGUAUCGGAUCAAAGAUCAGACCAAAGAAGAUGAAGAUCGCCGAGCUGGGAAAGGCGUCGCGUUUAUGAACUGAGUCCUGAAAACAUCGAAGCAACCUCGAACCCGGUCUCCUGAUUUCAAAUCGAACUAAUCGCAGAGGAACUUGGUUGGCCGCUAAAGGUCGUCAGGGAACAAUGAUGGAGAACGUGUACGUGAUAAAGGUGAAGACGAAGCCGCCCAUGUCCUCUUUGUACCCAUCGGAGCGACGCUAUUCAGCUUCGACCGUAGGGGGACUGUCCUUCGUUCACUUCGGCCUAGGCGCCCUUUCGUUGCUCUUGGGCAGCCUGGCCUUGUCUCUUCAAGGUCCCAUCCUCUCAGCGGCCUGCCUGGUCCCGUUCGUGACAGGGGUCCUGGCUUGGCGACGGUGGUACAUCGACAGGAACAUCGCCAUCUUCUUCUACGGCAGCCUGUUCUCGUUGAUCGCGGCGGUCCUCUGCUUCGUCGCCACUGUCUUCGACAUCGCAGCCGCGGCUGAGAGCACCGCGAGACCUCUGUGGUCCUUGGAGCAGAUCCUGGAGCAACAUCCGACCCGCGCCGAGAUACAUCUGAGGAACGAGACGCUGAUCGACGAGAUGAGGGAACAGGAGACGUUCAACGUCACGGACGCUUACGAUCAGUUGGCGAAUGUUACGCCCGGCAUAGUGAUAGAUAACAUGUCUAACAUAUCUGGGUACAUCUUGAGAGCCUCGACCAGCGAUCCGAGCGAAAUGUCAGCCAACGGCACUGAAAGUCCUCCGACAACCGCGACCAAGGAGAACGUGGAAUCGCGGAAUUUCACCGAGGAGUCAUUGCUGUCUAUAAAGAGCAGGGUGAUGUCCUUCUGGAAGCAGAACUACCAGGAUACUUCGCAUGCUAGGAUCCUGUUAACGGUGAACGUUUUGGUCGCGGCGUUGCUCGAGGCUUUCUGGUCGGCUCUCAGCGCCAGGAUCGCGCUGAAGGGGAUGAUGAACCGGCUGCCGGAGUCCAGUUACCUCAACGACGGCACCGGACAGGCUAACUCGACGAGCACGGGAGGUCUGGGGAAGAGGAAACUACCGGCUCCGAGGCCGGACAUCUUGGACCACGAUCGGAGACUGUCGGAGAGCUUGCAGAACCUCAGCGCUCUUCACGGUUUGAGGAACCCGGGACCAAGGCUGCCUCUGCCAGAGUCUAGCAGGGAGUUCAGGGAGAGGGUGGAGAGGUUCCUGGCGAACCAGGCUGCGCACAGGGUCGUCGAGGGAUCCUGUUCUUGAGCAGAAGCUCGAAGACGUGAACGGAGAUGACGGAACCGUUUAUGAGCGAUGAACUGACAUCGACUGUAUCGAUCUCACACCGUAGAUUAGCAGCACCCUGAGACAUUGUGCAACGAAUUAGCAGACUCUCGUAGGAACUCCAGGUCCCUCUCGGUUCGCUCGGUUAAUUAAUCGCCGACCGAAACGCAUUGUAUGCGAUUCGCGGGAGCGAAUAGGAUAUCUCGCGGAGUCGGCCGCGCGAUUGCGACACACAUCGUCGCGGUCGAUUCGGAUACAGUUAAAGAACGGUUGUUACCCGCAACGAGUCUUGAUUCGCGGUCUUCCGCGAGAUCGCAUCAAUCGCGAUCCCAGAAAAUGGUUAAUUGCGAUUUAUUCACCUCCGACGAUGAGUUGCCGGAGCCGCGGCGUUAAUUAAACUCUUCCGUCGGAAUCGAAUUAACUGUUGCGUCACGAUCGCGGAUUGAACUUGAAGUACGAAGGCACACGCAUACACACAUACACGCAAGCACGCUGAUACAGGCGCACAGACACGCUACUUGGGAAACGUAGUCCCGUUUCUGUACAGUGGAUCUAGAUCUAGAGCCAGGCAGAACUUAGCUCACAAUGGAUUCGGCCUUUCGUACGCGCGCAUAUACCUCUACGUGUUGCGAAAGUUCAACGAUCGUGCAGCCGCUUGCGAAAUCCCAUAAUCUGAUAUUGGCCAACGCGCAGAGCGCGGGAGUUUACCGAGAAAACCGCUGACAAUAGAGCUACACGUCUAUAGAUCCCGCAUUCCUCGUUAAAUGCUUACCUGGGCGUGUUUCUGCGACAUAUAACAGCGAGCACUGUCGCCGUCUAUGCCCUCCGAUUGGGUCGUCCAGAUAAUUCCAUUCGGUCUCGUUGCGUCUCCGGCUUGCGACUGCGUUCUAAUUUUUUCGGGGAGACAGCGCUGAGUAGAAGAACAGAACGGAACAAAGAGUGUGCGUGCGUGUGCGUGCUCCUCGAGUUUAUUAGCCCGCGACGGAAUCGCGUUGGAGUCAGUCGCGCGAACCUUUGACCGGCGGUUUCUUUACAAAACGAAGCUUUAUUUCUCAUAAUGAUCAGUUACAUCGUUCGACUUGCUACGUAGAUCGCUCUUAAGGUACACUUUAUCGAGUAAACAACGUUAAACUACUCGGGCCUCCAUCCACGCUCGGGUCCCGGCUAGAAAAUAUUCAUCUGCCCCGCUGGUUACGCAACGAGCGGCCGACAACGACGACAAACGGUUCGACGAUAGUCUAAUCUGUCCCGCCAGAUCGCGAAGAUUCGAUCGUUCGCUAGUACUUCUUGGUCCACCUGAAUUUGUACACGGACUGUCCGUGGGUCCGCGCUAGUUCCUUAAAAUAAAAACGGGGAAUCGUAGAAACGGGAGUGUAGACGUGAAGGUCGGAGCUCCGCCGCGAAUGUAUCAGCCGCGCCGGUACGGUCCAUCGAUUGUUUCCGAAGGACCCAGCUGACCGACCGUUAAAUGGCAGUGACCGACCGGCCAGUUAGCGGAUUCGACGGGACGCGCCGGCGACACUGUAAAUUCGAACGCGUAAAUUGUGAGACGGCUGUUGCAACGAUUAGCGGCUAAGUGCGAAAUCGAGCUGACAUCUAGCAAGGUAUUGGCAAGAGUAAAGCACACGUUUGUACAUGGA